UUUCUCUUCCGGUUACAUUAUUUUGAACUCUAGUUUUCUCUUCCUAGUUGUGGACAAAUGUAAGAAUGGGGAAAGAAGCAUUUUACAGAUGUGUUGAGUGCAACGAAAAGGCAGCGGAGCUUCACCGGGAUUACAGCAACGGGAUUCUGAAGAUAACAAUAUGCGAGUCCUGUCAGAAGCCAGUGGAUAAAUAUAUUGAAUAUGAUCCAGUUAUUAUCUUCAUUGAUGCUAUUUUGUGCAAAGCACAAGCUUUCAGACACAUUUUAUUCAACACGAGCUUAAAUAUCCACUGGAAGUUGUGUGUUUUCUGCCUGCUGUGUGAAGCGUACCUCCGGUGGUCCGCGCUCCACGGCUCCGAGCAGAGCAGCGACCCGGCCGACAUCAUCCGUUACACCAAGGAAUGGGAGUUUUACGGCAAGUUUGGAUUAGCUGCCCUGGAGCUGGCGGCGUUCUGCAGCGGCGUGCUGUCGUUCCUCUGGCUGUGGGAGUCCCGUCUGCAGGGACGGAGCGGGGAGCUCGACCUGCUGCUCAGGGCGCUGCUGCUGUCCUGCUACGGGAAAGUCCUCCUCAUCCCGACCGUCAUCUGGGAGCACGACUACUCCCCGCUCUGCCUGGGCCUCAUCAAGCUGUUUGUGCUCACCUCCAACUCACAGGCCAUCAGAGUGGUCCUGAACUGCAGCAGGCGUCUGUCCCUGGUGGCUGUUUGCUUCGGCCUGCUUUCAGAAACUCUCACCGCUCAGACCUGCAGGAAACUCCAGUGGAGCAUCCAGGACAUGUGGACAUCUUAAUUAUUGUCUUUACCAUCUUCAGAUUGGAAUAUCUGUUAACUCAGAGAUGGAUUACCCGCUUUAUAAAACUACUGUUUUCUCUUUUCGGGGUAAAUUAUUUGUUUGUAUAAUAGUGUUUCAUCUUGCUUCAUUUUUUCUUUUGUAACUUUGUAAAUUUAUCAAAAUAAAGCUAAUCUGAAUCUAUUGAUACCAAAUUGA